UAGUUAUUUGGGAAUGUCUGAUAUCACUAUGAAUGAUAUCAGUUGAGUUUCGACUGAGAUUGUCAGGGAAUAUACGGCCACAAACCAGGUCACUUCUUGUCGUCAUCAUGUUGGUUAAUGUUGCUCUGUGUUUGCUGUGCGUGGGCUUCAGCCUAGCAGCUACAACAACUUCAAGCCCCGGGAACGGAGGAAACCACGGACUGCCAACGGGGGCGGCAUUAACAAAAAUUGUCCAGGAUAGUUUCAGAAACGUUGACAGCGACGGCGACGGCUUCAUCGAGCGUAACGAGUUUGACACGCUUGUCAUUAUUGCCGACGCCGACAAUGACGGGUGUAUGACGCUCUCGGAGUACAUAACUUUCUCAGCGGGAACCCCGGAGAUCGCUACCAAGAUAUACCACUACUUUGACAUCGACAACACCAACUGUCUAACCGUGGACAAGGUCGCCGACCAGUUUCAACUCAUGGACGCUGACCAUAAUAAGAAGGUUACAACUGCUGAAUUUCAGACGUACUAUCUCAAUCUGCUGCAGCAUCUGUUUCAAGCUCCACAUGUUGCCACGGACGGUCCUAUCGGAUAGAUAUUCACAGCUAGGCCCAACCUUCACCUUCAGUCCCUAUUCCACUUUGUAACUUUGUUCUUGAUUUGAUUUAUUUUAAGAAAAGUGUAAAUUGAAUGUAGAUUUGUGUAUUUUGGUGAAGAUCUUUUCUGUUUUUUCUUUGAAAAGUGUAUGUGCGUGUGUGCCUGUGUGUUUUGUCGUGAAAAAUAAGCUUUUUUAAUGAAAACCCAAAAAUAAAAUUUCGUGCUGUUACCAAUUUGAUGGACUUAAGAUGUUCUAUGAUGCAAAUAAUUUAAACAUGUAGCAAUUUGGUUACCUAAUAUAUUGGAAUGUAUCACAACUUCUUUAAGAAUGAAAUAAAUGGUAAAUUUCA